GUCCUUCGGUUUGCGCAUGCGCAGAAAAUGUCAGUUAUUCACAUAGAAACAAGUCACAGAACCACAAUCAACAAUGGAGACGUUUGGAGAAAGCGAAGAUGGAGCAGGUGCUAACAGAGAGAUGGAGUCAUGGCACCAGCUCCCUGUUGAAGAGGAUCCUAGUCAGUUUCUGGGACAAACAUCAGGCUUGGUGGAAGAUGAUGGUCUACAAGGAUAACACUUAACUCUGAAGGACAAUCAGCUGUAAUAGGAGACUCAACUAUGAAGCAAGCAGCUGAGAGAUUUGAAUCUUUACAACUAGAACAGCAGGAUAGCUGUUUAUCGCCUGCACUGACGUUAAUUCCUCUAGGAAAGACUUUCCUGCCUUCAGAGUCCACACUCCUCCAUCAGACAGAUUUAGAAUUUCUUCCCUUGAGAGGAUCUCCUGAUGUGUCCGCUGCUUCGGAGAGGUGCCCUCAGAUGUCACGCCUAAUUGUGGAUGGAGAGGCUGACCCAUUAAACAGAUCCCAUGACCAGGCCUCACUAUCACAACAUCAUUUAGGUGUGAUGUCUGCAAUUAUUGAGGAUGUUAGUAGCUGCUGCUCACUAUCACAGCACAGCCUGUCACCUAGUAGCAAUUACCAGGCAACGCACAAUCAUUAUCAGCACCUAGAAAUGGAUCUUGGUGUAGCAAGUAGGAGUGCAGUCCCCUCUUCCACUGAGAUUGUUCUCAGUCAGACAGAUGCUGCCCUAAGCUCAACAGACUAUCCUAAACAAUCCUUUCUUGUCCUGAAAGACGAUCCUGCAUGUUUUCCUAAAAAGGAAUCUCAGUUUAGACCUUCUGAAAGUAGAGAGCAGCCACAAGCUGGCUCUUCUUUUUUAAUGCCGCAAAGGAAGAGCGUCUCACUUUCCUCCAAUUUGUCUGCCAUCUCAAAUAUUACAGUUCGUGCCACAAGCAAGCAAACACUUGACACCACUGACCUUCACCUCAAGCAGCAUCAGAUACAUGGUGAUUCAUUAUUAUCCAUACUAGGAGGUCGAGAUCAAACUGAGAACAAUAACACUUCAACUGGACACAAUAUAACUCCCACUAGUGAAGGUGGUGUACAUGGGGCAGGGCUACAGAGAGAACUUUGGAGCUCAGGUAGAUAUAAAGCCACAGAUGGUUCCUUUUUGACCUCUCAGCCUGUGUUUCAGUCCACACCUUCAGUACUCUUCUAUAGAGGAGCACCAGCCCCAGCCAAACUCUCUCCAGUAUAUUCCCAUCAAGACACCGUGGCUACAUCAACCCAACACAGCCCUAAACCAGACGACAUACCACCAUUAACUCUAAGUACCUCAAGUCAUCCAAGUGGUGCUGGAGCUGCACUUGCUACUUCUUUGGACCCAGGAGAUGCUCAUACAGAGUCAUACCUUCCACGUGAAACACCUCAUAGUCAAGAAACCCCUUCCCUGGUAUUGGAUGUGCCUGUUGCCACCUGUGAGGAUACACCCCUUAAUCAACCUACCCUAACCACACUCAUGCCCACAUCUAACAAACAGCUCAAAGACCAGGAGACUAAGCUGUCUGCAGGAAGAGUCCAUUCUCUCCCCAGUCUCAGUUAUGUACAGAAGGUUGAUGCUUGGAAGGCCAAUCAGAGUUCCAGCGGGUCAUUUUAUGACAGUUUGUCUCUCCACGGUUUAAAUGGUGGUGUACCUUUUAAGAGGAAUGAACAGGACUCUGUGUCUGAGGCAGAAAAACAACAAAGUCAGCAACAACCCAAAAAGACAGCCUCAGCAUUUAGUGCCAGUAACAACACUCUACCCACACAGACAGGCAGUGGUUUGCUGCCUAGUGUAGAUGUGGAAGAGGCAGGUGGAGCUGUAAGAUCAAUUUCACCAUCACCAUUUACACAUUCUCAUUCCCAGUCAUCUCUUGGAACAGUGAUCACCCCUAUCCAGCAAGAUGAACUGCAACAACAUGUAAAUCAGCUUCCCCUUGAACAUACUGAUACCAUCUCUCCAUGUGUCAAAUCCACUGCAGCUGAAUCAUUACAGUCCUUGAGUGAAACAAAUAACCAGCAGCCAGCUAAAGAACCUGGAACCAGUCCAUUAAAGAACCCUGCUUUGCUGAAUCUAGAUCAGUACAGUGGCAUGAACACAAAUUCCAACAGGAGCAACACGGUUUCCAGUUUUCCAGCUGGGUACCAUCUUGAGCAAAGCUUUCAGGCAUCCAUAGGUGCCUCCUCUGUUGUAAGUCUUGAAGUGGACAACUAUGCACCGUACUGGACCUCCAGACCUGGAUCCCCUCCUCAUCCCUCUGAGUUUAAUAUCGAAGAUAGAAUCCCUCUUUACCUUCACAAUUUGGGAAUUGAUCAGUCACCUUCAACGAUCUUGAAUCCCUUUACACGCCGUGGACCAAUCAGAGAGCCCGAAUUUUCUCCUACUGAUUUGUGUACUAUUAAAGGCUCAGUAGGAUCACCCACCAAGAGCAUACAACCAUCUGAUGCUGACAGCCUUCAGAAAGAGACAUUCUCCAGUUCCAGUGUGCUUUCUGCAGAAUCCAAUGCCUCUUUAACACAGUUGUUUAUUCCAAAGUCUAUUGUGCAGCCAACCAGACCAUCUAGUUCAGGCAGUAUAAGAAAGGCACACUUCCAACAAAGCACUUUAUCUCAGCCCCAUACACCACCAUACAGUGUUUCUCAAGAAGUUGACACUUCUCAGCGAGAGGGCAGUUAUGGCCUGCCAGCUCAGGUGAGCCUGGAUUCUACACCUGCACCUGCUCCUGGGACUUGGGAAGGUGUUAAAGAGGGAGACUCAUCUCUGGUUGGUUCUGGAACCUUGCAGGAGAUCAGGCGUUUGCUCGGCCAUGCAGAAAGCCUGGUGUCUAGUCAUUUUUCUGUCACCUCCUCCCCUGGCUCACACUGUUACCCUGAGAGUGAUACCUCUUUUUUGUCACUCAGGCAGAACACACAAGCAUAUAAUGAUGAUUCAUUUUUGUCAGUUGAUAGAGGUUUCUUUGGUACUAGCUCGCUCUUCCUCAGACUCCGCCCUAAAGGAGAGCUCGUCAUCCUCAUCUGGGCCUCUAGAGAUGUCCACAAAUUUGGCUCACAUGAGCAAAGGGCCUCAACACCCUCUCAGGGCAAGGAGGAAAAUCUGAAGUCACGUGACUUCCGUGUGGCUCCACGGAGAGCAGAGCCUGAGGGAUGCAGUGCAGCAGACCCAGACAGGGCAGGUCCAGUGACCGUGUCGAUUACACAGGGAAACGCUUCAACAUCAGAUGGCGAGCAGCAAAGCUUGGACCAUACAGAAAAUGUAGCCAUCAGUUCAUCUGAAAUAAGUCUCACCCACAGUCAAACAGAGGCAGAAAAAGGUGUUUUAAGUGAUGCCAGCAGUGAGCAUUCACUGGCUUCUAGGGUCGCUAAGCUUCUUCAGAGCGAGUCGUCUGUCUCUGUUGUUACCAGCCGCUCAAGUACUGCUGAUCCUGAUGAGAGCCGAGCAAGAGAGUGGCUCAUUAACAAGGUCUCUGGUGGCAAGUGUGAACUUAAUUCAGAGGACAGAAGGAGAAUCGAGGAGAUUAAAAGAGAUCUCCUGCUACACACUAAGUCGAGUUCAGCUUCAGAAAGCAGUUCCCAGUCCAGUGCUGGCACUGUACCUCAGCCUGCUGUAGGUUUUGCAGCAGUGCGCAGUGCAGAAGAUCGCCUCUCUGAGCAGCUGCAGAGACUCAGUCGGAUUCCACUCGACUCCAGUGUUCCACUGCACACACCAGUGGAAGAUGGAGUAAGUCAGAUUCCUAUCAAGGAGAGGCGUGACCUUCAACACACACACUCGCCUCAUUCGAGUCAGCACCUCUACAUAAACAACGGCCAUGCUGUACACAAUGACAAUGUGCUAGAAAGCAACUCGUACCCAACCCCGAGGUCUUCUGAUGUAUGGAAGCUACAGACUAAAAUGACAAAUAGAUCAACGAAGUCUGAAGUUGGGAACGGGACAGCGGAAAAGGAAAAAGAAUUAAGAGGGGAAGAUGUGCAUGCAGAAAAUGAGAAAAACAAAACCUUACCAGUCACAGAGGCAGCUCACACUGUCAUCAGAGGAACACGAGAGUUCACCCCAGGCUUGGAGUCGGGUUCAGUCAUUGGUUAUAAACCUCACCCCAAUAGUCAACCCACACCUUCAGUGAAAUUACAGCAAAACACCACCCAAAGACCUGACACUCCUGUCAGCGAUUCUGGAGAGCUGGUGACUGGAUCUCCAACACAUCACUCAAAUGGUCCCUAUUCCUCAAGAGAAGUCCCAGUCUCCAAUACCAAUAAACAGCAACAAGUCUCUAUAGCCACUGAGACCAAUUUAAGCAAAGACAGAAAUGCAGACCAGUACCAGAACAUAGGAGUGGUUCAUGGAAAUUCACAGAUGACCUCCAGACACAAGGAAAAUAGACAGGCUGCUCCAAAUAUGCCUUUUUUUGUUAGUACUGCUGCAAAUUCAACUUUAUUGCCUUACAAACCUCAUGGCAGUUCAGAGCUCUUCUACAUGGCACAGACUGUCCGUGAGUUCUCCCCUAAUCACUCUGAUUCUGCAGUGGAGAGCUCCCACCCAGGUUCUGAUGACGCUGUGCCCCCUCAGUUCACCCCUGAGGUUUUGGGAUCCAGAGAGCUUGUGGACAACUACGUUACACCAAAACAUAAGGAGGGUAUUUACAGCAAGAGGGCCAAAAUGAAACGAGCAUCGAAUCUGUCUGGAAAUGGCGUUUACAACCAAAUUGGCAAUACUGGUCCUCCCGGUCAGCUUACUGGUUACAGAAAGUCUGUUUUCCCUGAGAAUAAACAAGUGCCUGAGCAUAUAGAGGAGGAGGAGGAGGAAGUGUUUAUCCCCCUGCACAUGGAGGCUAACAUCAGUACAGCUGAACAACAUAUUAACUGCAGUGCUCAACAUCAUAACUUAGGAACAGAAAGUCUACCUUUACUUUCUAAGGCCAUUAGGGAGAAGGAGCAGGACCAGAUGGUUCAUAACAUUGGUGCAGAGAUUGGCAACUCUCUGGACCAACUUUGGCAUCGUUUCAAUGAGCGAUACAGCUUUCAGGAGACUCAAACCAGGAGCGACGUAGAAAUAUCACUGCUGGAGAGACUGGAACGCCUGUCUCGCCUCCUACAAAGCUCCUCCCCUCCACACAAACCUAAACAGGGACACAGUACAGUGGAGAAAAGCAAGAGUAGGAGAAGAGAGACUGAGCCAAGGAGAACACUUCCAAAAAAACAUACUGCCAAAUAUGGAAAAGAGAAAAAUGCUCCAAAAACAGCAUGGGAAAUGAAGCCUUUAAGUACCAACCAGACCGCAGUGGAGGAAAAGUUGCGAAACCAAAAUUAUCGCUUUCCUGCCGAAAGAGACGAAUCUGCCAGUGUUUCUGUGGAGACGAGCAGCUGCCAGUCUACCAUCGACACACCACGCUUGAUCAGAGCUUUCGGACCAGACAGAGUUAGCAGUGGGAGAGAAGUAGUGGCUGGAAGUCAGGCACUAAAGCCUAGUGAUGUCCUAUUGAAACUUCAUAACAACAUUAAGAAACAGAAAAGAGGACAUGACAGCAGUGGCUCUGAAAGCCAUCUCGUUUCUGUUGCCACCGAUGAUUCCAUGGCUUCAGACACAUUAUCAUCUUCAAGCACUUGUACCCAACGCUCCCAAAGAAGCACUGGGUGCAACACUAGUUCUAAGAUGGCAAAGGUCAAACUGGUCAGCAGAAGCAUACAAGCUGGUGAUUUGGAGAUUGUAGUUAAUGGCACCCGUCGAGACACACGGGAUGUAGGCACUACAUUUCCAUCUCCAAGUAGUGCCAAAGUCACCAGGGCAUCUUCAGGAGCUUGUAGUGAGGUAAAGACCAAUAAGCCAAGGGCUCCCAGUACAUCUGCUGUUCAAACCCAAUCAGAUCUGAGGAGACACAUGCUCAAGAAACAGACCUGCUACCCAAAUGGUUUGUCAUGGUUUGUACCUGCUGAUGACCUAAAGUGGGAUGCACGAAAGGAGAAUAAACCCCAAACAGACGCAGGGCAGUCUGAAAGUCAAGCAUGGUUUGAGCCCCACACCAGAACUCAGCCAUGGAGAGCGCCUCUUAGAGAACGGCACAUUCAAGUGGAAAAAGGGAAGCCCCCUGAACAAAAAACACAUCCAGAGAAUAAUUACAGCAGAAAAAGCCCUGCCUUGGUUCGUCUCACCCUGCAGGAGGCACUGGAGUUGCAUCGACCAGAGUUUGUGUCCCGUUCUCGGGAGCGGAUGAAAAGGCUGUGCCUGCUGGCUGAGGAACGAAAGAUACAAGCCGUCUUCAACAAAGAAAGAGAGGAGCUUUUUAACCGCCCAUCAACUCUGCAGCAGCCAAAAGCACCAGCUCCUCCACCUCUUCUUUCUAAGCGAGUUAUUCCAAUAAGUGAGAUGAUUCAGAGAUCUAAGCGGAUCUAUGCUCAACUCCCAGAGGUUCAGAAGAGGAAAGAGGAAGAAAAAAGGAAAGCAGAGUACUACACUUACCGCCUUAAUGCUCAGCUAUUUAACAAGAAAAUCACCAACCAUGUGCUAGGAAGAAGAGCACCUUGGCAGUAGUUUGAAGAAACUUUGGGACUAAGAGCUGAUUGCCAGUUCAUGGAUGGAGCCAGUUUUCUUCUUUGUGUGUGUUUGUGUUUGUGUGUUUAUUUGAGUGGGUGUUGGUGUUGUACAUGUGAUCAAAUGAAUAGAGCAGAUAUUUUAAGAUGUGAUAAUAGUAACCAAAUUAAUUAUAUUUUAAAUUAUUAGUUUAAAUAUUUUAAUAAUGUUUUGUAGUAUUUUUAUAUUAAUUUAUAAAUGGUGCUCAGUACCAUAAUUCUUUCCAAAAAUGUAUUAUCACUGUUUUCCUUUGAAUAAAGAAGUUCAUAUAUGUA